CUCAGGCGACAAGAGCACGUUGAUCCAAACACACCAAAAGAAAGAGAAAAAAAGAAGACAUUUCGGACAUCGGCAGUCUUUGAUAAAUGCCUCACACAGGUCAGGCUGGUGUGAAUCAACUGGGAGGCGUCUUCGUCAAUGGACGCCCACUGCCUGACUACGUACGCCGUCGUAUCGUAGAGCUUGCCUUGAUGGGAGUGCGGCCCUGUGAUAUCUCCAGACAAUUACUAGUAUCUCAUGGAUGCGUCUCCAAGAUUCUCACUAGGUUUUAUGAAACGGGCUCUAUCAAACCGGGAUCGAUAGGGGGAAGCAAACCUAAGCAAGUAGCCACACCACACGUUGUGAGAAAAAUAUUACGCUACAAGCAAGAAAAUCCUUCCAUCUUCGCCUGGGAGAUCAGGGAUCUUCUCCGGAGCCAAAGAGUGUGCGACGAACAGUCUAUCCCCAGCGUCUCUUCCAUAAAUCGAAUUCUCAGGAACAGUGGUCAUGUGGUUCUCGAUGAAUCCCUGCCUGCUCCCAAUGGUUCUCAUUCUUCUCCUGUAAGUCCCAAUUGUUACACCACCCCCUACCUUCUUCCAGAAUCGCCCUUGUUGUCAACAGCAGCUCCCCCUCCUGCCCUAGAUGUAUCGAACCCUGGUCCUUCGCGAUCCACUGCAGGAUCUUCACCACUUAAGGAAGCAACAUCUUCACAAUCAACAGAAAGCAAAUCUAGUAGCGGUUAUUCCAUAGAGGAACUCCUCAAACCCAGCAGAGGCAAACCCAGUAAAAGGAGAGGGUCAGAUUCAGAAGAGGACUGUGAUUCAGACGCCAAAGUGACAGGUCCUUCACCUAAAUCGACUCGUCUGCAAGUUCCAGACAUAGUCUCCACAGAAUUAGGCCCCGCUCCUUUGCUGACUCGACCCUAUCUCCUGAAUGCAUCUAGUUCUCAACUACACUGUUGGUCUCCAACGACAGGAGGAUCAUCCGCUUUCUCUUUUCCACGAUUUGUGCCAUUUCCUUGUCCCUACUUUCCAUCACCGUACUCCUCGGUUUAUUCUCUGAGGAAAGAUUUCCAACCAAAAUGACAUGCAGAGUUCAGGUUUCUGAAAUAGUUGCUUCAGUAAGGGAAUCGCAUCCAAAGUAUUUUCUUUUACAUUGUGAUGGAAACUGAAAUGUUCAUCCUUGUAGAACUGAAACAUGCUGUAAUUUCUUUGAAUUGAUUCGAAUGCAUGUUGGAGACAAUACUGAUGGAACCUGACAAACAAAGAC